CGGGUGAAAGGAGAAACAAAUAUUAGUCUUAUCCAGAAACAAAAUGCAGUAAGAGACCUCCAGAGUUUUUGACAAUGGCUCUCCUUGUUUGCUUCAAUCCCCUCCCUUCUCUCUCUCCUUCUCCUUCUUCACAUUUUGUAUCAUCAACCCUUGCCAUCACUGCUUCCCCAGUUUCCAGGUUGCACUUCAAAGCCAUUGAUGUCAGCCCAAAGUCAUGCAAUAGAGUUCAAAACUUUUUGCCUCUCAUUGCUACCAAAAGAGGUGCUGUAAUUGUAAAAGCCUCUUCUGACAUUGAUGGAGCAGCUCCACCGGAAGGCGCUCAACCCUCCUCUAAUAGCAAUGAAGAGGUUGUAUCAGUUGACAAACUUCCAUUGGAAUCGAAGGAGAAGGAGAGGCUGGAGCAGAAAUUGAGAAUGAAAUUGGCAAAGAAGAUAAGGCUUAGAAGGAAGCGGCUCGUUCGAAAGCGCAGAAUGAGGAAGAAGGGCCGAUGGCCGCCUUCUAAGAUGAAGAAGUUAAAGAAUGUCUGAACUCUUCCUCUAGUUUGCUUGUAGGUUUGGUUCUGACCUUUUCCUGAUUCCUUAUGUCAUUUCAAUUAUUUGUUUUUGAAAGUGGAAAUCAUUUUGUUAAUUUCAAUGUAUCUUAAAGAUCUCCAUGGAUCUAUUGUUCUUCCAUUUAAUUCAGAAUUGAAUUAUAGAUGUUGCGGAAUUGCAUUUCUUUAUUCAACUUGGUAGAUGUAAUGUGUGCAAAUUUGUGAUUGAACUGUCGUUACAUCUUGAAAUAUGCCAGUUGUAAUUGAAUGUGAUCUUCAAUUCUGUUCUUAGUAAUGUAAUUAUUCUUGAAAUA